AUGAUUUACAUUCACGGAGGAAGCUUCAGCGUCGGAGGGGCUAAUAUUUUUUCGGGUGAUGUCCUUUGUGCGUUCAACGACGUGAUUUUGGUCACUCUAAACUACCGUCUUGAUGUUCUUGGAUUUUUAUCUUCCGGUCAGACCGGUGAAGGAAACUACGGCCUAUGGGACAUGCACCUUGCUAUCAAAUGGGUCAACCAAUAUAUAGGAUACUUUGGUGGCGAUAAAACUAGAGUCACUUUGUUUGGAAAUUCUGCAGGAGGAGCAGCCGUCCACUACCAGGCUAUGUUUCUCGGUAAUAGGGGACUUAUUCACAGAGUAAUUGCCCAGAGCGGUGUAGCAACAGCGGGUUGGUCUGUACAGAAUGCGCCAUCAAAGCAAUUUGACGAAGUCGUGAACAACACGGGAUGCAAUUUGGGUAAGGAUUACAGUGUUAUCAUGGAAUGUCUCCGCAAAGUAAACAGUGCUUAUCUCACAAUGCAAGGUUGGCGGUUUGCCCCUUCUAUCGACAAUGAAUUUAUUUUUGAACAUCCAAAAUUGAUGUCACAUGGUUUGUCUCAGACAAUUUCUGAUCAGCUCGAUUUCUUUUCUGAAAUCGACUUCAUGAGUGGGAUUACUAGCCAAGAUGGAUUUUACGACAUUAUGGAACCUGAAUACCUAGACAAAAUUGAUUUAAAAGAUAAAAUUGUAGCUUACGUCGAUCCAACUCAUGAAAAGAAAGUGUCAGAAUAUCGUUUAGACGAGUUAGUCCAUCAGUAUACAAAUGUACCUAAACACACAUCAAAAGAAUGGGAUACUACUGAACUGUCUAGGUACGCUUAUUUAGAAUUUCGCACCGACAUUAUUUUUGCGAUACCAACGAUAUUAGCAUGUGACAAACAUAGCGAGCUUGCAAAACGGAGAAUGGAGAAAGCUGGCAAAACUUAUUUCUAUUUCUACGACCAACAGCCUUCUUUUGCGCGUCAAGUCAAAUGGAUUCCAGGCGUGCCGCAUACAUACGAGUUACCCGUCCUGUAUGGAUUUACAGAGGACCUCAAUGUCAAAUACACGAGCCCUUAUUUUGAAGAAUAUCCGCGUUAUCCGACGCCCGAAGAUAUUGAGAUGUCGAAAAUAUUGAUGCAAUUGUGGACCAACUUUGCGAAAUAUGGGAGUCCUAACAACAGGAACGCUUCCAAUGAGCUCACUCUCCCCUCAUGGCCGCAAUACCAAACAGACACUGGCUAUUAUCUAGAGCUGAAACUGAACUUAACGGACACUUCCAUAAAGCAGCAUUACAAAUCAGAACGAUUGGCGCUUUUGAGCAGUCUUCAAAAUCGAGGUACUAACAGCGGACAGUUCACAGUGAAACCUGCUGUUGGUGUUGCAUGGACAAUGCUGAUGAUGCUACACAUGCAAUGAGUUACUAACAGCGGACAGUUCACAGUGAAACCUGUUGUUGGUGUUGUAUGGACAAUGCUGAUGAUGCUACACAUGAAAUGAGUUAGACGGUACUUGACAUUGGGUUACUAACAGCGGACAGUUCACAGUGAAACCUGCUGUUGGUGUUGUAUGGACAAUACUGAUGCUGCUACACAUGCAAUGAGUUACUAGCAGCGGACAGUUUACAGUGAAACCUGUUGUUGGUGUUGCAUGGACAAUGCUGAUGCUGCUACACAUGCCAUGAGUUACUUACAUUGGACAGUUCACAGCGAAACCUGUUGUUGGUGUUGUAUGGACCAUGCUGAUGAUGCUACACAUGAAAUGAGUAACUUAACAUAUAAGAAGUAGAAACCUAGGGUGGUUUUAUAGUAUGUAAACUGUAGCCUGCCUUUGAUUCUUUUCUAAGUAUAAUGCAUUCAAAUGGUGUCAUAUUGUAUUACCUGCUUGUUGCAAACACAUACUAUUCCGAUAUAAAUAUAACAUACCAUAAAAACGUAAUACGCAAUGGCAAUGAGUUUUGUUGCGAGUACGAACAAUUGUAAAUUCUGCAUAGAUGUUUAUGUGUACCGGCUUAAUUACGAUGUCUGUCGUUUUUGUUAUGUUUUUGGCAUUAAUAACAUCUUUUGAAAUCGGAAAUAUAAAAAGGCAUUUUGUUAGCUUUACAUCGAUAAUUUAUAAUUAAAAAAAGGCAAUAUCAUAUACCCGAUAUCUUUACUGAAACAAAACGUGGUUAAGAAUGCUGAUAUAUCCAUAAUUGUUUCAUCAUUAUACACAAAACAACAUUUUUUUUUAACGCAAAUUUACCUUGAAAUCAGCAAUGAUUUAUGACAUUAAAAUAACUUGGUACAAUUUCAGAUUAAUGAUAUAUUUACAAAUGUUGUUCAGAAACUUCAAUAAUUUACAUCAAAAUGGCAUCUCCACCUUCUGGCGAUUAAUUGUUUCUUUUUACUUUUUAAAAAUCUUCUACAAAUAUAAAAUUCAGUGCGAUUUGUUUAACCUGGCCUUGCUGUUUAUUUCGCAUAAAUCAGUAGCUGAUUCCAAAUAUGUAUAAUUCUUGCCAAACACCGUUUAUACAAAUAUUUGAAAACAUGUCCUGUAAUGCAUAAAACGGUCGCAUUUCGA